AUGGUAGAGGCAUUUAACACUGCUCUAGCUGCUCCCCCAACAACCUUUGCCAAGGCAAUGUCCUGUGUAGAUGCUCAAAUGUGGAUGGGCGCUAUGAACAAGGAGUACAACUUGAUUACUGACUGGAAGAGAUCUUCCAAAGACUUCUCCCCUGUUGUGGGAAGACAAGUUGAGCAACCUAUUGGAAGAAAUGUGGUUGAAUGCAAAUGGGUUUUUGGGUACAAGAUAGGUCCAAACGGCAAAAUCCUACGGUAUAAAGUCAGACUGGUCACAAAAGGAUUCUCUCAGCGUCCAGGUAUUGAUUUUGAAGAUACGUCCUCACCCGUUGCAAAUUCCGACUCCACGCGUGCACUCCUGGCCAAAGGUACAAGCAAAAAUUACAACAUAAUUCAGCUCAAUAUCAAGACUGCCUUCUUACAUGGCAAGAUCAAGGAGGAGAUAUACAUGGAGCAGCCCAAAGGCUUUGAGGACAAUCCAGUAAAAUACGUUUGGCGGCUCGAGAAGGCAUUAUACGGCCUCAAACAAGCGGCGCGAGCAUUUUAUUCUCGACUACGCAAAGUUCUCGAACAGAUUGGGUUUACCCGAUGCAACUCCAACCACGCCGUUUUUCAUAGGCAAAAUAAAAAUAACAUUGCAUUUAUUGUAGCUCACGUAGACGACAUGCUAUUAAUCGGCAAACCUUGUACCUUUCUCGAGGAAAUCAAGUCCGAAAUGGCAAAAGUUUUUGAACUUGUCAAUCUAGGAGAGCCAAAGAUGUUUGCCGGAGUGUCGAUUCGUCGAGAUUGCAAUGCCAGAACCCUCAAAAUAUUGCAAGAACGAUACAUCGAGGAAGUCCUAAAAAGAUUCGAUAUGAACGAUUGUAAGCCAAGCAACACGCCUAUGGCCGAAUCGCCGAAUCUACCAAAACUCAACUCACCAACUGUCGACCAAGCCCUAUACCAGCGCGGCAUUGGUUUGCUGAUGUAUGCUAUGGUACAAACACGGCCUGACAUCGCAUAUGCAACCGGCCUGUUGGCCCAGCACUCCGCAAACCCAGGGCACGAGCACUGGAACGCAUUCAGGCGUACUCUGCGGUAUUUAAAGGGCACAAAGGACCUUGGUAUAGUUUACAAGAAGUUGAAAGGAUCAGAACUCACCGGUUACAUUGAUGCCGAUUACGCAGGCGAUCCAAACACCAGUCAAUCGACGACCGGAUGGACUUUCAUGAUAGGCGGGGCGAGUAUUGCAUGGUCAUCGAGAAAACAGCCGACAAUCUCACUAUCGAGUACGGAGGCCGAAUACGUUGCUGCCGCAAGCGCUACACGCAAGCUAAUUUGGCUUCGCCAAUUCUUAUCAGAACUCGAUUUACUCCCCGAAGGGCCGACAACUUUACUUACCAAUAAUCAAUCGAGUAUGGCUCUUGCAAAGAAUCCGAUCAAUCACCAGUGCACAAAGCAUAUCCGAAUUAAACACCAUUUUAUUCGUGAGAUGAUUGAAUUGAAGGAAGUCGACUUACAAUACAUCCCGACCAACAAGCAGGUGGCCGAUAUACUUACUAAGCCACUUGGACGAACCAAGCUCCCCGGCUUUGUCACUGAUAUGGGCAUGUCUUAG